AUGUCUCUCCCAGCUGAAGAACACCACCUCCAUACCCGUGCCUUCAAGCACAUGUGGGCACGGCACGUCGCUCAGAAAGGCUUCGAAGACGAUGUCCAAGCCGCUGCCAAGCGUGUGAUCCAAGCUCAACAAGAGCAUCCCGAGCUUUUCCCAAAGAAAGUUCAUGAAGACGAAGGUGUCAGUAAGAUUCUUGACAAGACCCAGAAGCUCACUGGUGUUGGCUUCGUCCCCAGAAAGUCCAACCAUCUUGAGAUUGGUAUCAUCGGCGCUGGUGUCGCUGGACUUUUCACUGCCAUGGUAUUUGACUGGCUGAACGAGCAGUGCCAAAAGGAGGGAUUGAAGAUUGAGUACGACAUUAUAGAGGCUGCGAAGAUGAAUAGGCUGGGAGGAAGGUUGUAUACGCAUCGAUUUUCGCAUGGCGAGCAUGAUUACUAUGAUGUUGGAGCUGUGCGAUUCCCCAACAACACCAUCAUGAAGAGCCUACUCCAAGUGAACCCUUCAGACCUAGUCAGUGAGGCGUUGGAAGACUUCAUCAAGGUGGCUGCAGAGAAGUUCAAGAAAGCCGUUGAAGAGAAUGAUGAAAAGGGACCGGAGACAACCAAGCUUUGGGCCCUUCUGAUGGAGGCUGAUAAGCUUAGCACUCGCCAGUUCCUCUCUUCGGGAGAUGGCGAUAGGAAGAAGAGGGAGGGCAAACCCAAAGACAAUUCUGGUCUCAUUCCCGAGGGGCCGGGAUACAACUACAACACCAUUGAGUGGCUCGAGUCUGCCACAUAUGGCACUGGCUGGUACGACCAAUCCCUCACGGAAUGUGUUCUUGAAGAACUCGACUUCGCAACCCCCAAAUCAAUCGACGGCCAGCCCACUAAUUACUGGUGGUGUAUCGAUGGAGGUGCCCAGACCAUCGCGCAUCGUAUGGCGAGAAUGAUCAAGCAGCCCGUCCAGUACAACAGCCAAGUUGUCGCCAUAGAUGCGCAAGUCGAAGAGCGCAAGAAACGCAAACCCGAGGACUUCACGUCGAUGAAACUCCGCAUCAACAAGAACCAGGUUGUCAAGGAAAAGGAGUACUUUGCUGUGUUCAAUAGUACGACGCUUGGUGCUCUUCAGAGGAUGGAUCUCAAGGACGCGGAUCUUCUCUGGGGCACCAAGCAGGCCAUUCGGGCUUUGGGAUAUGGUGCUUCGUGCAAGGUUGGUAUCAAGUUUGAGACUGCGUGGUGGCAGAAACCUCCGUUCAACAUCAAGAAGGGAGGCAUUGCGCACACUGAUCUUCCUCUUCGGGCUUGCGUGUAUCCGUCGUACAACAUUGAGUCCAACGAAGGCCAGGAUUGGGAUCCCAACAAGCCUGCCGUUCUUCUCUGCUCUUAUACCUGGGGCCAGGAUGCGCAGCGCAUUGGAUCUCUGAUCUCACCCCAGACGCCCAAGAAUGAAGAACAGCUCCUCUCUGUGCUUCUUCAUGAUCUUGCGCAGUUGCACUCAAAGCAGAGCGACUACACGUACGAUCAGCUUCUCGCUCUCCUCAAGGAUCAGUACCGGGACCAUCAUGCAUACGAUUGGUACAGAGACGAGAACAUGUCUGGCGCUUUCGCAUACUUUGGACCAAGUCAAUUCUCCAACAUGUGGUCAGAGAUCAUCAAGCCCAACGCCUACGGUCAGCUGUAUCUCAUCGGCGAGGCCUCCUCUUCUCACCACGCGUGGAUUGUCGGCGCCCUCGAGAGCGUCAUUCGCGCAGUAUAUCUCAUGUUUGAAGGCCUUCAAAAGCAAGACCCCGACAACGCAGCCUAUAAAAAAGCCAUUGAGCUCUUGAGUAAAGAGCCAGAUACUCCCAAAGAAGGCGGCGAUGUCUCUGGAGGAUUCCCAGGCGAUAAGCCCCAAGAGCCGCAGAAGCUACCGUCUGGCCUUCCGUUCCACCCGUUGCCGGAGGAGAUGCCCAAGAGACAGCUGGAUGCUGAUCGGGAUGCGAAGUUGGUGAGGGAUCCAUUGGAGGAUGUCAAGUUUGGUGAUGAGGUUUCACUUCUUUUCUCGAGUGCUAUGAUCACGUUGAGCUUGAUUGAGAGUUUCUUUGAGUUGCAGGUUGAUGAGGCCAAGGACAAGCCCCAGUGA